AUGAAGAAGAAUAAGAAACUUUUUCAACUCUAUGCCAAUAAUCUUCAGGUAGUAGGAGGAGCACAACAACAGCUUGCUACGACCACCACUACUACUACGAAUAAUACUUCAACAGCCUCUUCCAAUUCAACCACCACCACGACCACCACCACUACAACAACAACCACGACAUCUUCAACCUCUCGAGGAGUCUCCUCACCUGUACCUACCACUACUCCUCUGAUGGACUUCUCUCCAACGAGAUCCACUGGCGCCUUUAUGAAUGCUCCAUCUAAACCAACAACAUACAAUUCCUCCUCAAGAUGCUCACCUCCUCUUCAAACUCAACCACCCUCUCAUUCUUCUUCGCAUCUGUCCUUGGCUUCAACAACACAAUCUCAUACCGCUGUUUCAAUUCAUCAGAAAACCUCCUAUUCAUGUCCAUCUUCGCCACUCCUCUUUCAUAAUUCUCCUCUCAUGAACUCGUCGUACAGAGGAGGAGGAGGAAACACAACUACAGCCACUUCAACAAAUAUGGCAAUUCAUUACGUACAGACACUGUCUCAUCCAACAAUCACAAGGAAUCAUCAUGGUACUCGAGGUUGUUGCCACAUUCCUGGAGUGAUAUCACAUUCAUCUCCUUCCUCUCCAAAGCAACAACAUGCAAUUCCUCCACAUACACCAUGCUCCACAUUGAUCAAUUCAAGCCCUCCUUGUAAAUACAUCCAAAACAGCAUAAUUCUCCUCAGUGAUGAUCUGAUCAAACAUCAAACUCGAACCAACAAGAUCUCUCAUCCAGAACCGUCCAUGUUGUCGACACCAAAGAGCCCAGAAUCACAACAGAAAACUGACAUUUCUAUGGGGAAAACAAAUUCUUGUCCAGUAAUCCAGCACCACCAUUCCGUCCCAUCGCUGAGUAAGGCUGAACAAGAAGAGAUGUUGUAUCGCACUUUAUGGUCCCACAUGGAGAGCACAUCAUCGAGUUCCUCUAAAAUUGUGAAACCAUCCUCUCACUUCAAACCUAAACGAACCAAAAUUACAAUUAAUGAACUGUUGUGUUGA